CCUUACACCACCACCACCCCUCCCUCAGCCAACAUGGCCACCCCCCUCGACGAAAUGUCCGACCUGGAAAAACUCGAAUCCGGCCUCCUCGAACUCGACCCCUCCCCGAUCGACUCCCCCGAACUCCCCUCCACGCCCAAAGACUUCCCCACUCGCCGCUCCACCACCACCAACUCCCUCGGCCUCAACACCUCCACCACCCACUCCGCAAUCUGGUACCUCGCCCGCCUGCACAAAUACUCCUCCUACGCCUUCUCCGUCUUCGCCACAUUCCACAUCGCCAACACAUCGCUCAUCCCCUUACUCACGCAAUCCGUGCCCGCCUCCGAACCCUACCUCCUCCUCACCCGCCCUUACUACCAAGGUUUUCCCAUGGAACCCCUCCUCGUCACGAUACCGAUCUACACCCACGUCCUCUCCGGUCUCGCGAUACGUGUGUUGAGACGGAAUCAAAAUGCCGCCCGUUACGGCGACGCCCAUUCCCAAGAAAACAAAGCCGUCUUCUUCACCCACUUCUGGCCGAAAGUCAGCGGCAUCGCGAAACUCGGAUACCCGCUCGCCGUCCUCGUGACGGGCCACAUGGCGAUCAACAGGUGGAUUCCGCGGAAACAUCUCGGCGGAAGCGUGGAAUUGGCGUACGUGAGUCACGCUUUUGCACGGCAUCCGAUCGUGGCGUAUGCGGGGUUCGCGGCGCUGAUGGGCGUGGGUGUGUUUCAUGUUACGUGGGGGUGGGCGAAGUGGUUGGGCUGGACGCCCGGGCAGGUGGUGACGCAGACGGGAUAUGAGAGGGAGGUGGCGAGGAAGAGGAGGUGGUAUGCGGUGAAUGGCGUGGCGGCGGGGGUUUUGGCGGUGUGGAUGGCCGGUGCGUUUGGGGUUGUGGCGAGGGGUGGGGAGGCGCUGGGUCGGAGAUGCACAAGCGAGGUGUUCCAAAAGAUGUCGGUGGCCGCUGGGCUCUCUCGCCGCGAGCCCAGAAUUCGCGCUGAUUACGUGGAGUACGCGACAGAGCUGAUCAUCGCGAAUAUGAUAGUGAACGGCUUCUCCCUCAUGCCAUACAAGACUGCCAGUGCCGGGAUUUUGAAAGGACAAAUCGACCCGCAGAACCAAUGCCAAUGGCUAUGCGUACAGCUACGACGGAAUGACGCAGAAGGGGCGGCCAUUGCGGUUCUCAUCGUCUACUGCCUGCUGGCCCUUGUACACGUUUUGUACAACCUGUUCUUCGACCCAAUAUUUUCCGGCACCUGGGAUACGGUGUCGGAAUUGACAGCUCGCUCACUGAAUCCCGAUCGCAUCACCUACAUGGAAAACACUGGAGCUGGCAUCCACUCCAAGCAUUCGUUGAAAGGAAAUGUACAAGUCCGUGUCAAGGACGAUGAUCGCCUUGAGAUUGUGUUUCCAGACACCAUGGGUGGAAGCGAGAUCGUUGUUCCUGGCAAGGCCUACCGCUGA